UACUCACCUUCUAUAAUUACUGCAUUAAUUUACUGCAUAUAGUAGAAUCUGUUGCCCAAAGUGACAUGCAAGUGAGGAUAAGAGAGCAGAGUCAGCCGGUCCCUGGCGCUAUCUAGGUUAAAAGCCUUCCUCAAAGGCCCAACAGUGAAAUCACUCUGCCAACCAUGGGAUUCGAACUGGCGAUAUUCUGAUCCUAACCCACAGAACCACAUAGUCCACAAAUACAGCCUGUUCAAUACUUGAGUCAAUGUAAAAUGUAGGCUACGUUUUGGAACUGGCUGAUAUAGGACAGUUUGAUGAAAAAGUACAAUUAGUACUUAUUACUGUGUGUUUAGUACUAUGAUCUAUUCGUUUAAUGGUCUGUAGCCUCAGUCGACUAUUUCGGUUUUAUUAUUAUUAUUCAUUACAAUUUUAUUGGGGAAUAUGGUUUUUAAAGAAAAUGUUUUUGCUGAGUCAACACUUCAAUGCACUACGUUACCCAGAGAUUAGAGCGCCCAGCAGCGCUCAUUGGCGCCAUAUUGUAGGAAAUCCGUCGCGGGACUGGCGGAUUACGGAGUUUGUUUAAUCCGGGAGCAAGAGAAAGAGCACGAGAGCAGUCCGCUACGUAGCCGUGGGUCAAGCCUACGGACGGACACGAGGGAAGCGGUAUCAGUCCCAUGCGCCUAGAUGGACUGGAGAAUAAAGCGGCACUUUGCUAUAUUUAGAUAGUUAACGUGAUUCUUUUAUCGUAAACAAAGUGGGGGAAACUGAUUUUUUUUAUAUAUAUGUAAUUUAUGUAUUUUUCAAACAGCCAUUUUCCAUACGGUCUGCAUUUUACUUUGCUACCCCGGGUAGCUAGCUAGCUAGCUAAUCCCGUCAGUCACAGGAAUUGACAGCAGCUGGAUAGCUACCCAGCGAAAGCUGAAACCGGUAGUUAGCGAGCGUGUUACGAAUAACAGCAUUUCUGUAGACCGGGAGGGUCCCCCCUAGUCCCCUUCCCAUCUCGCCGGGUAGGGACGCCCGUCUAACUGUAAUUCUUAAACUCGGGUUGCUAGCCGACCGGCUGGCUAGCGGGUAACGAGGCGUUUCACUUAUUUUUAUUUUUAACAACCGGACUAAGGAUUUAUCAGAUUGUGACAAGCUAAUCAGAUUCCCGAGGAGAGCGAAAAUGUCAGGGAGACAAGACCCGAAUAAGCAGUCUACCACCGAGCGUCUCAUUAAAGCAUUCCGUCCAGGAAGUCGCAAUUGAAAGGCUAACAUUCUGGCUGCUGACCGGAAGAUAGAAGUUGGUGAUGUGACAAUGUCGAACUUCCCAACUGCAGUGCCGUUCCCUCCCCACCAACGACUCUCCAUGAAGGAGCUGUUUGAAGACGGCAAGCCCAAGGUGGAACUACUGAAGAACCACCUUGUGAAGGAGGGCCGCCUGGAGGAGGAUGCGGCCCUGCGCAUCAUCAACGACGGUGCCAAAAUCCUUCGCCAGGAGAAGUGCAUGCUAGAGGUGGAGGCACCCAUCACAGUGUGUGGUGAUGUUCACGGACAGUUCUUCGACUUGAUGAAGCUCUUUGAGGUCGGGGGUUCACCGAACAACACGCGUUACCUCUUUCUGGGAGACUAUGUGGACCGAGGAUACUUCAGCAUUGAGUGUGUGUUGUUCCUUUGGACCCUCAAGAUCAACCACCCCACAACACUCUUUCUCCUCAGAGGCAACCAUGAGUGUCGGCAUCUCACAGAAUAUUUCACCUUCAAACAGGAGUGUAAGAUCAAGUAUUCUGAGCGGGUGUACGACGCUUGUAUGGAAGCUUUCGACUGCCUGCCCCUUGCCGCCCUCCUUAACCAGCAGUUUCUCUGUGUGCAUGGUGGCCUGUCUCCAGAGAUCAACUGCCUAGACGACAUUCGAAAGUUGGACAGGUUCAAGGAGCCACCGGCGUUUGGGCCCAUGUGUGACCUGCUGUGGUCAGACCCUGGAGAGGACUAUGGCAGCGAGAAGACCUCUGAACACUUCAACCACAACUCUGUGAGAGGCUGCUCCUAUUUUUUCAGCUAUCCGGCAGUAUGUGACUUUUUGCUAAACAACAAUUUGUUGUCUGUAAUACGAGCACAUGAAGCUCAGGAUGCGGGGUAUCGAAUGUACAGAAAAAGCCAGACCACCGGUUUUCCCUCGUUAAUCACUAUUUUUUCAGCACCAAACUACCUAGACGUGUAUAACAACAAAGCUGCUGUUUUAAAGUAUGAGAACAAUGUCAUGAACAUCCGACAGUUUAACUGCUCUCCUCACCCAUACUGGCUGCCCAACUUCAUGGACGUUUUCACGUGGUCGUUGCCCUUUGUGGGAGAGAAAGUGACGGAGAUGCUGGUGAACGUCCUGAACAUCUGCUCUGAUGACGAACUCAUGUCCGAGGGAGAUGACACAUGCGAGGGUGGCACCCCAGCUGCAAGGAAGGAGGUCAUCAGGAACAAGAUCCGUGCCAUCGGCAAGAUGGCUAGGGUCUUCUCCGUGCUCCGAGAGGAGAGCGAGAGUGUACUGCAGCUGAAAGGGUUGACGCCCACUGGGACCCUGCCCAUGGGUGUGCUUUCAGGAGGUCGGCAGACACUGCAGAGCGCCACCAUAGAAGCAGAAGAGGCACGAGCCAUCCAGGGCUUUUCUCCCCAGCAUAAAAUCCGGAGCUUCGAAGAGGCACGCGGCCUGGACCGGAUAAAUGAGAGGAGGCCCCCUCGCAGAGAUGGCCAACAGACCGACAGUGCUGCCCUCAACUCUAUCAACGCAGCCAACUCUCCCAGCAAGAAUGGCACAGACCUCCACUCACAGUAGCGCCCCCCAGCCCCCACACCCUUGUGUUCUUUCUCUCUCUAUCUCUCUCUCUCUCUUUCUCCCCCCUGGAAUCUUGUUCCCCCAUUGGUUGCAGGCAAAGGAGAGGCUGGGUUAAUGCACAUGCCCACCUCAGCAACAAUUAGCAGAAAUAUUUCAGUAUGUCCUUCAUAACAUGAAAUAUAUUAGGUAAAUAUCAUAAAAUGAGUAAUGAAAACAAAUUGGUGGCUAUGUCCACCACACAUAGUAAAUGUCUAUAUAUAAGUUGAUAUAAUUGAAAAAGACUUGAAAUGAACUGAGGGACUGAAUUCCACUAUGGUUGUCUUACAUGCUUGGCAAAAGAACAUUCUACUGAAUAUGCACUUACAAAUGUGACCUGCACAUUUUGAUAUAAAUAAUAUGAAUUGGCCCAAAACAGGAGGCGAUUUCAAUGUUAAUCACAUUUUUUUAUGUAGGUGGGGAGUGAUUUAGAAUAUUGCAGCUCCAUGUUGCCAUAAAGCUGGUGGUGAAAUAACAUCUGAUGAACUUGAAUGGACACAUUCCCUGGAGCUGUUUUGAUAUACAGACUCAUUUGUGUGUAUUUGAGGGUCCCCUUAUUUAAAUGCAGUCAUUUAAAAGUAAUUUUUUUGGGUACUGAUUGAUUCAGCGCAGAGCUAAUAAAGAUGUUACUGAAAUCAAAAUGGUAAAAUCCAAACAACGGGUUGGGUCUUUGGCCCCCUUGGCCUGACGGAUGCCAUAUUUCCAUUUGUUUUUGAGCUCUGCCUAGCUGACUAUAUGUUUGGUCAGUCAUCCUCCAUUGACGCCGUGUUCUGGAGUCUGCUGUUUUGUGAUCCCAUGGUGAAGAGCGAAACUCAGGCCGGUGGUAUUACUGAAACAAAGGAAGAUGCGAAAGGACAGAAUUGUUAGUGCUGUUCCAUGAACGGUCUGCUACCAGGACUGCAUGAGCACUGAUAUUUUUAGCAUCCUUCACUUCUGCAAAGACAUUGAUGAGUGAGGUGGCUGGUCUGAUCUGUUCUGUGUAUAAGGAAAGUUCUAGUGUGUUUUAUUAAGAGAACUUCAAACUUGGCCAGAAGACCAUACCAAAACAGGAAAGCUAAAGAGUCCAGUUUCCUCUGAACACAGCCUACAUGCCAAAAUGAGGAGAGAACAUUGCUGCUCCUCUUGGUAUGGCACCAGAAUGGGGACCGAAGUGUUCUUCGUGAUGUAACUGGUAACAAUGUGUUUGUAAUAUUAGGAUGAACGACGACACCUGAUGUUUUUGUAGCUUUGCCGUGUGAUUUAGUACACAGAAAUAAAGCUUUAAUUGGCUAAUCAGAGAGGCUAGGCUUACUCUCCAACUGCUCGCGGUCUCAUCUGAGGAAUCUCUUUGGACCUCUGCUUUGGGACUCUCCUCAGGAGAAUGAAUGAAUAAAUGAAUAGCUGAUCCACAAGUGGCAAGAUUACAAGGUGGAGCUGCAGUGUGGUCUGCAAGUCUCUGAAAGUGCUUUGGGCUGCAUCUGUUUGAAGUUAAGGGGGAAAAUGCACUUUCUGGUAAAUAAUUCAGCUGAUGUUCAGCUUUUCCUGCCUGCUUGCCAUCAAAGGUCAGGUAGAUGGAGAGCAAAAUGUUUUUGCAUACAAUCAGAAAGCAAAACAUCUGUUGGACUAUUUCCUAAUUGUGAUUUAUUAUUAUCCUCUCUCCUAAGCCAAUCUCUGGUUUAUUUUUUUCCACAUAUGGCUAGUAGUCCAUACACCAAUCCAAAAUAUACAUUUGCAUCCCAUAGAAAGUUAUUUUUGUUUUUUUUUUAUGUGCUUUUUUUAUGUCUGACACCUGAUUCUUCAGUCAUGUUAUUUAAGGCCAGUGAUGUGUAUAAUCUUUGAGUCAUCAACAAAAUGUUAUCCUAGUUCAUCUGAAAAUAUGAUUCCUUAUCUCCCCGCCCCCCCAUUCUCUUACAGUAGUCAAACUACAGGGGAGUGAAAUUGUGGGUAUGACAGAUUUAGUAAACUUAUUUGGCCCUUAUCCACCAACAGUUUUGUUUUCAUAGCUUUUAUGGGGUGAAUUUAAAAAGAUAUAUUGAAUGUCAUGUCAGGACUUUCCAUAUUUUUUUAUUUUUUGAAAUGCGUUUCUAUUAAGGAAACGUGCCAUGCUAUUUCAGUGGGGAAGAGCUGUCUGGGCACCCAGAGGCUGAACAGAGCGAUCACAUGGUGCCGUCCUGCCACUAACAUUCGUCCAUGUGGUCUUCAGAUGAAUGGGACAAUUGAGGGCCCUGUUUUAAAGCGACCUCAGAUUGUGGAUCAUUUUUUGCAGUCCAAAGUCUUUUUUAAUUAUUGUUGUUGUUGCUAUUGUUGCUGUUGUUGCUAAUGUGGAUGUUGUUGUUGUUGUUAUUAUUAUUAUUAUUCCAGGUCUAUAAUUGCAGGGCAUGUUCUCUGCUUUCUAAAGGGGCUAUGCAGAUUCUGCAGACAAUACUAAAGAGAAAGGAGAAAGGGAACCUUGCGGUGGGCUGCAUUUCUCUUAUUCAUGUUGCAGAAUGUGCAAAGUGUGUUAAAAAUUUCUUAAGUGUACAAAAGGGAAGAAAAGUACUUGUACUGCAAGUUCUCUCUAAUUCAUGAUUUAUGUAGAUGUAUUGCUCCAAAUAAAAAUAAAAUAUAGAAAAAGGAUUGUUUUAAUUUAAA